GUGCUUGUCUUCCAUCAAUGAUGCUGCCUUGGAAGAUUAGCAACGAGGGGAAGACGCAAAUUGCAUUCUUUGGCAGAGUGGAAAGUAACAGCCGCCUCAAAUCAACAAACGCCGUCCACGUAAUCUAAAAAAAAUGCGAGAACUCGGUGUGUUUCGCAAACGAUCGGACGGUGAUGAUCAAAUCAUCAGAAGAUUCAUAAGUUCAUAUCUGUAGUCCUUCCUUAGUACUGAUUCCCUGUUCUCCGAUCCCUCAACAAGUUUUUGGGAACGAAGUUUUAAGAAUUUUUUGGUGUUUGGGGAAGAAAGGGAAGAGAUAAACUGAUACAAAAGUGCGAUAUUUUUAGUUUUUUUUUUUCGCUAAAGAGGGUUUUGCAUUUAGAUCUUGGUAUAAUUGUACUCAUGAUUUGCAAGAAAGAUGCUGAGGUGGAGGUAUUGGAAAAAGGGGAGGAGCCUUUGGGAUCCUGGAGACCUGCCAGAAUUUUAUCAGGAAAUGGUCAUACCUAUGUGGUUAAAUUUGAUAGUUGCCCUCUGGAGAAAGCUGUGUCAAUGAACAAAGUGCCAAGGAAAGCGCUUAGGCCUCGCCCCCCUCCUGUUGAGGCAAAAAACUGGACUUUUGCUGAUAUUGUGGAGGUAUGUGACCAUGGCUCGUGGAAGCUUGCAGAAGUGGUGAGGACUUUUGAUUUUAAAAUGGUUGUUACAAGGCUCUUGGGAUCUUCUGAGGAGAUUAUUUCUCCUUGUUGUCUACUCAGGAUGCCACAGAUCUGGAAGGACAACCUUUGGAUUCCAUUAGAGAAAGUAGGCUUGGACUAUGUGAAAUGCACGAAUGUAGAUGUAAGUAGCGGGUCGAAAAGGCGGAAGUUGAGCAGUCAAAUACCCAGGUUAUCUGUAGAGGAGAAAAAAUGUGAGCAACUUGAUCGAUCUGCAGAAAAAUAUUGUGAUUUUGUGGAUCAAUGGCAUAAAAAGUCUCUUGGAAGAGUGGAGAAAAAGUCGCGGGAAUGUGGACCUCCUGAUUAUCCACAUGUUCGGGUGUUUCGAAAGAAGAAACAAAUUAAGAACGAAGGAAGAUGCUAUAGGAUUACAGAGAAGAAUCUGACAAACCAACUAUUUGAAAAGGUAGAUGCUGUUAAUUCACCGCAAAACUUUUAUGGUGAAAAACACAUGAAUGCUGCCUUUUAUCAUGAAACAGUUGGAUUUGGUCAAAUAGGCUUGCAUUCCAACAAUCCAAUUGCUAAUGCUGGACCUAAGCUUGUAGUGAAUUUAGACCUUUCAGAUAAUGAGAGUACAGCAUCCUCUGUUGGUAGUUGUAGUGUGAUUAAUGGUUUACGUAGGCGACUUUAUCAUAAGAACAAUCAGAAGCAAGAACUAUGUGGUCAUAUAGAUGAUGCAGAUUCCUUUUGCGGCUCUCCAGCUGAACCAUCUCAUUUUAGAGAAGACGAAGUGGCAGAAGCAAUUCAUUGGCUGGAGUUGGAUGCAUACCGUUCCACCUUGAGGUCAUUUUAUGCAUGUGGUUCCUUAAGUUGGGACCAAGAAUCAUUGUUGACAAACCUCCGUUUUGCUCUAAACAUCUCAAAUGAUGAGCACCUAUCUGAAGUAAAACAUUUGAUGUCGACUAGAAGUUUAGUAGAACAUGUAUCGUAGUUCUUUGCAAUCCAUUGCCUAGGCAUUAAAGAAUCCUUUAUCCUCAAUAGCCUUGUCUUUUUUUUUUUUUUUCAAUUUUAAUUUGAUUCUAAUAGAAUUCUUUGAUGGAGUUAGGGUUUGAUGGCAGUUCUUAAAUGUGAAGGUGGACAACAAUUUUUUUUUUCUUGUAACUGAAUGACUUUAAAGCAAUGAAUGCUUUGUCGUUAAA